ACCUUGAUAAAAAAGAAAAAAGAAGGAAGGUAUCCACCCCCCUUCAGCUGCUUACAAAUCCGCGACUCAAAAGUUUUACUUUAGUGAUAGAAUUUUGGCCAAAUCCCGAAAUGUCCGGAAUGUAUAGAAUACCGUUUUUAGUUUUGAUCUUCACCAUGAGCGGCAUCAGAAGCGGUGACUCGCAGAUCGUGGAUCCUCCGGGAGUCCCUUGUGCCUCAAAGUCCAACACCACUUGUGAAGACUGCCUUAAGAAUGUCACUUGUUUGUGGUGCAUGUCAACGAAGGAAUGUGUGGACUACCCUGUGAGAAGCAUCCUGCCUAAACCCAGUGUGUGUCCAUUAAAUAAUGCACGAUGGGGUCUCUGCUGGGUCAACUUCCAGAGUCUGAUCAUUACCAUGUCAGUGCUGGCAGGCAUCAUCAUCAUUGCCAUCCUGGUUUGCUGUUUCUGCUGCUGUAAAUGUGAAAAAAUCGGGAACAAGCGACAGGACGCAAGAGCGGCCCAACAGGAGCGCGCGAGGAAGGCCCGCAAGGAUGAGAGAAAGUCUGAGAUGAAUGUGCGUCACGAAGAAGUGAGGCAGAAAUAUGGUCUUACAAAGGGGAAUCCUUAUUCACGCAUGGAUGAAAAUUAAGAAACAAUCCAGGCGAAGAAGACGCAAUAGUAACAGAAUCUCAAUAACUAUUGUGUCUUUAAUCAGAAAUUGUUGUGAUGUUGUAUCGUUAGGUCCCUGUGGAUUGUCGUUCCUAUCAAGUAGAAUGUGUUAGACUGUGAUGUUAGAUUUUUAUUUCAUGCCAAUGACAGAUAAAGAAUGUGAAGUUAAACCUUGUAAAUUGAUAAUGCACUCCAUUGAAUCACAUUUCAUUAUAUUGCCUCUUGCCUUACAUAGAUAUCAUGUGAUUAUGUUUUCCACUGUAGUCAUUUGUUUCUGUUAUGAUGUAUGUUUCAUUAUCAAAAAGAGUAAAGCCUUAAAUUGACUUGUCACUUUUGCGCAAUGCUAGUAAACCAAGUAUUAGCAAUUAUUAUUGUGAAUUGCAAAUACUAUUUCACAUUAACCUUGCAUUAUCAUUUACUUUUGUGCUAAUGUUAUAGUCAAAUAAUGUUUGUAUCCACUUUAGAUUGAUCAUCAUUGACAUGUUCAUGGUUUGUUCUGAAGUAUUUUGUACCACAUCAAUACAGUAUGAUGAAGGUAUGUGUCUCUUUGAUCUACUUGACACAACAAACUUGCAAACAACUGAAUUUUCUACAUCAACAGUGUGUUCGAACCUAGAAUGAUCAGUUGUGCAAAUAGUCCCUGUCUUUUUCUGACUCCACGGGCACGCGAACAUGUGCUUGCGCGCACACGUAUCCACGUUCCCGAAAAAUGCGAAACACGUGACAUGGAAUGGUCCUAUCACAAUUUCGUAAUGUGCGCGCUCCCGGUCGAAACCUAACAGACCGAGGAAGAGCCGCCUGCAGACCCGCUAACGCACUGCCCGCUGCCUGGAUAGCAAUCCGUUUUCACAUUGGAAGUGAGGUCUCGGGGAAAAUCUGCACAAUGUCUGAAGAGAAGCCAAAGGAAGGUGUGAAGACGGAGAACGACCAUAUUAAUCUUAAAGUAGCGGGUCAAGACGGGUCGGUCGUACAGUUCAAAAUCAAAAGGCACACUCCGCUCAGCAAGUUAAUGAAGGCAUACUGCGAACGACAGGGCUUGGCGAUUCGUCAGAUAAGGUUUAGGUUUGAUGGACAGCCAAUCAACGAGACGGAUACCCCUGCACAGUUGGAGAUGGAGGACGAAGACACAAUUGAUGUAUUUCAACAACAGACGGGAGGCUCCUUCUCCUAAGAGGACCGUGGACGAACCUCAGAGGACACGACCCCCGGAAGAGCGACUUCUUCUUCUCUCAUUGUCAUUGUUUCUUUUGUUUUGGAUCCUUCCUUCUUCUACCUUCACCCAAACUGAAAGCUCUAUAAUUCAUUCAGGGAUAUUUCGUUGUGGCCAGAUCCUAACAUUGCCACCGUGUUCAAAAUGCUAAAGUAGUGUGUACUAUUUAUCUAGUAUGACAUGUUCCAGACACGAGCAAGCUGGCCCGCAGGGAAACACAAAGGGAGGUCUGUUAGCGAUGCCUAAGAUUAAUAUGAAAUCGCCCACUUAGUGUCUGUUUCUGUACCUGCGGUGAAACUCUGCGGUUCUGAGCACUGCGCCCUCGGUAUACUGGGUGGAAGAGAGCUGAGAUAAAGAUAUGUUGGAUUUCCUAAAAUAUAUAUAUAUAUAUAUAUAUAUAUAUAUAAACGUAUACAUACAACUCAUGUUAGUCAUCUUUUAAGGAGCAACAGUCAAACUAAUGUCUGAUUUAUCCAUAUUCCAUUUUUAACUAUAAGAACAGAAGAGAAGUAUGUAUAUGGACACUUGACCUCAAUUAUGUCGCUCGCCUUGAGUGGAGUGAUAAUAAACGAUGUUAAUGUAACCCGGACCAAAAAUGUUACGUGAAUAGCUUUCCGAAUGAAGCAGUAUAGUGUCAGGGUGUUCGAUCCCACUACUUAAAGGCUUUACGUCACGUUGGAGCAGGGAUAAGUUCACUUGUGUUUUCAUGCCCCCUCAGUCCUUUGGCCAUAAAAAAAGGGAAUCCCCCCCCCCCCAGCGUCCAAGUCCUCUAUCCCCAACAGGCUUCAUUCACUAAAAUCUAAGUUGUUCACAUGAUCGGCUACAUUACAACCUAAUCAUUGAGGCAUUGCUCUUUUUGGGAGUUCUUGAGUUCUUUGUCAAGACAUUACUGGCACACUGGUCUGACUGAUGGCUGAGGCCGGACUGGCCUUCAGAGGCUGGGGGGAAUUGGUUAACAUCUUUCACAGAUAAUUGUACAUUUUCUUUUUGUUGUCCUUUUACUGUGUACAAUAAAUAUAGUUUGGUACUUA